AUGCAGGCCGCUGCUGGCUCGGGCGCUGUGUUGUUUCUGCUAUACGUAUUGUUUUUCUUCAACAACGACCACCUCCCAAAUCGAGUGCGUAGCAGCAUUGGCAACCCGCCGCCGCCGACCGCCGCAAAUGCUACCCUCGACUUUGGCGCCAUCUUAUACAUAUCCAUGCCGUUCCGUACGGACCGCCAGGAUGCGCUCUCGCUUAUGGCCGCGGCAUCCGGCUUGAAGUUAACCAUGAUCGAGGGGGUCGACGGCGACACCAUUUCCCAUAAAGCUGAGCCCGAUGGCCUCCCUGAGAAGAUGCGCGGUUCGCGUUUGGGAUGCUGGAGGGCACAUGCGAACGCGUGGCGCUAUGUUAUUGACAACAACCUCGGCUCAGCGCUCAUCUUGGAGGACGAUGUGGACUGGGACAUGAACAUUCGCGAGGUCAUGGGCCUCUGGAACUGGCAGCUCAAGUACAACAACACGAUUCGCUGGGGCCAGGAUGUGAAAAAGGGGUGGAGCGAGGAGUGCCCAUACGGGUGCGAUUGGGACGAGCUCUUCAUGGGCCAGUGUGCGAACAAGCCGAACGACGAACGCCUCGAUCUGCACCAGACCUACUACGAUCCCAAUGGCCCCAAACUCGAAGACAACCUCGACACCUUCAAGAAGGAAAUCACCCAGGUCUGGAACAUGACCCAGCCGGAUCAGAUGCGUAUCACGUCCCCGACCUUCAAGCCGCUCUGUCUGCAGGGCUACUCGCUCUCCCACCGCGGCGCCAUGCGAAUGCUGUACCACAACGGUGGAUAUCUCGGUCUCGCCGCACCCAUCGAUCUCGAGAUCGCGUGGCGGACAGCCGAGGGCAAGCUGAGCGGGUAUACACUGACGCCCCCCGCAAUCUCGGCGUGGCGGGUUGGUGGAGGCAAGGAUAGCGAUAACGACCCUGUGACAGACAAGGAGGAGAUCAAGGCGAGUGGAAAUUCUGGAGGCAAGAGCUUCGGCCUGAAGAAGAGCGUGCGGAAGAACUUGGAGGCGCUUUUGGGGAAGAACUACUGGGAGGAGAUGAAGAAGAAGAACUGA